UGCAUCCUCCGCGCGCCCAGUCUCAAAUUCAUACCGUGAGUCACAAGAGAAAAAAAAACGACAAUCAACAACUCGUCGCGGAGAAAAAAAACGACAAUCAACAACUUGCCGGGAGUCAGUCAUUGGCCGCCGUAAAAAUAUUGCCCGAGGUCGUUGGAAUCGGGGCGGAAAUUUCGCGACUCCAUUGUAUCACCCGAUUUAUUAAACUCCCCCCCCUAUCCUCUUGUCCGACAAGAUUUGCAGAGUGACACAGCGACCAUCGCCAAUCGUCCGUACACCACUGAUAAAAAUUGCAAAACCCGUGCAAAAUUUUCAUUUGCGCAGUUGGGUGCAAGCCUGUCAGGAGUGGAUCGUGCGCUCUCCGGCUCUCUGUGUACAUGUACCCCGGUUGUAUAUUUCUCCGAAUCCUGCGUGAUUAGUGUUAAAAUCCUCAGUAAUAAUUCCAACCUCGUAAAAAUGUCGCGAAUACCUUGAGAACACGAAGAUACGAGUCACUAAAUCACUCGCAAAGUGCCCGUCGGACAUUAACGUGCGUAAAAACAGACGAGUAACUGUCAAAUAAACGUCACCGACAGUUCUCCAAUAAUGGAGUGAUGCAAUAUUAUCAAAACAAUUGGAAAUAAACAGCUGAGAGUACCAGCAACAACCGAUAAAAUCCCCCCAUUCGAUGAUUGAAUGAGUUUCAUUCUCGAAGAUAACCUCGAAAGAGUUCACCUCCAGGUGCUAACAACCCCAUUAUUGACAUUAUAAUCGAUAACAUGAGCGCUCUGGACCGUUACGCAGGUGAUAAUUUGUGGAGAGGCAAAGCGGAUUCCAACAGUCCAGCUAUAAUGCAGAGUCUUGAUUCUCUUUCGAGUUUAAACAGGGACAUUUAUCAUUCGCCGAAUGGUCCACCGUCCGGUGUGUCACUCCAUGGAAUUCCCUCUCUGCACGACGCCGAUGAUCCCAAAGUGCCGAAUAACAAUUACAAGAGCUUUCUGUUGAUCGAUGGAAAGGAGUACCUCAAGGUCUCCAGUGCUGAGCAAUUUAUUCAGCAUCUGGGGUGUGAAAAGGAGGCGAAGGUCAAGGUUGUCUCGAUAUUCGGGAAUACUGGGGAUGGGAAGAGUUACACGAUGAACAAGACCUUCUUCGGGGGACAGGAGGUCUUCCAGACGUCCAAUGAACAGAACUCGUGCACACUCGGGGUGUGGGCUGCUUUCGAUCGUAAACUCGGAAUCAUUUGUUUGGAUACCGAGGGCCUCUUGGGGAUCACUGUACAUGAGAAUGAACGCACAAGACUGUUGUUGAAGGUUCUGGCUGUUUCGGAUAUCGUUAUUUAUCGGACUAGGUCGGAGAGACUGCACAGGGAUCUGUUUACGUUCUUGGGGGCUGCGUCGAGGGCUUAUGGACAUCACUUUCAUAAUGCUCUGCUGGCACUCGGGAGGAGGGAGGGGGUGCCCAAUAGCUCCAGCGCUCUGGGGCCCAGCAUCAUCAUCUUUCAUGAGACGAGACACACGAGACCGCUUACAAAUAACACAUCAGAAAGCGCCGAGGACAUAAUCCGCAACCGUUUCGUCCAGAUGCGCCUGGAGAUCGAGGCCUUCAGCUCGAUAAAAUACGUUGGGAUCCAGACGAACACCCCGCCAACAGACUUCUCCCCUCUGCGCCACGCAGUCAAAAGCGAACUGGACAACACGACCGUCAGAUCCGCUCGAAAGCCCCAUCUGGUCUACGGGACGCUGAAGCUCCUGAACGACAAAUUCUCUGGGGAAAUCGAGAAUCCCUCCACCAUUCUGUUCCCCGAUCAGUACUUCACCUGUCCCGUCAAGUGCCUCAGCUGCGACUGCAGAUGCAGAAACAGCAUGGGCCACCUCAAGGAGGGAAAGCCCCACCUGAGCAACACUAGGUGUCGGUACCAGCACCAGUACGAGAACCUCGUCUACAUCUGCAAGAAGUGUCACGCGAAUGGCAACGAAGUGAUCGUAACAAGCAGAACGAAAACAACGAAUGAGAACGGAUGGUACGGCCUCGCCAAGUACGCGUGGUCUGGCUACGUGAUCGAGUGCCCAAAGUGCGGGGAAAUUUACCGAAGCAGACAGUACUGGUACGGCAACAAAAAUCCUGAAGAAGCUGCUGUGAGAACGGAGAUAACUCACGUGUGGAACGUCACAAGUGUCGCCAAUCUCAAUCAGAAUGCAGCGCAAAAAGUGAUUGACGGGGUCUCCUACAUCACCGAAGCUGUCGCCAAUGCCUCACUUCAACCCACCAAAGCCAUCACUGCGUGGGUGGCCGAUCAGGUCGCCCCGAGCUACUGGAGACCCAACAAUGAGAUCAAACACUGCCACAAGUGCAGGGUGGUGUUCUCCCCCUGCGAUACCAAGCAUCACUGUCGAGCCUGCGGCGAGGGCUUCUGCGCUCAGUGCUCCAGCAGGGUCAAGGCUGUUCCUGCCAGGCACUGGUUCACCCCGGUUAGGGUGUGCGACGAGUGCUAUGAGAAGGAUGAUAAUUCUAAUGAGGGAGAGGAGCUGGGGGUCAAUGAGGAUGUCAGUGUCAGGAAGGUCUCCGAGCAUGUCGUCUCCACGCUCAGUGCUGUGGGAACUGUCUUAACUUAUUCGAAGUCCCUAAUUAAAGACACCGUCAGGCCAAACUACUGGGUACCAGACUCCGAACUAACGAAUUGUUGUGUCUGUGAGAAUCAAUUCUCCGACGUGCUACCCCUCCACCACUGCAGAGACUGUGGACGUGGUGUCUGUCAGGAUUGCUCCCAACACCGUAAACCAGUGCCACGUCGAGGAUGGGACAAUCCAGUUCGCGUUUGCGACGCGUGCAUUAAAAUUGACUGAAGUGAUUGAAAUUGGCAUCUCCCACAGCCACUCUCCCUAGAUUUUAGUCGGUUAUCGAUACAGAGAUAUAUCCGUAGGACAUAAGCACUGUAAAUUGUCUUGUGUACAGAGGUUCAACAUUUAACGAUCAAUUCAUCCUAAAUUCCCACCACUGACUGAUGAAGGACGAAUUGGGCAUUGAGGGGCAGUGCCAUAUCGUCAUUUAUUUUUAUACCCCAGUAGAUUAAAUACUUCUAUCACAAGUUAAUGCAAUUGAUACGAAUGAAGUACUAAAAUGAGAUGAAUUAAUGUUUCAUCCCAAUAAGUUUUUGGGCAAGAGAUCCUAUUAACAUUGUUUUUCUCUUUUUAAUUCUGAGAUAAUCAUCAGGAGUUGAAAUAUUCAUUUUGUUUUACACCUCCGUUGAGGCGUUGAAACCCAGAAAUAAAUUGAAUUUAUACAAGAGAGAUGAAGGCGAAUGAACCACCAAUUUACAAUGAAUCGUAAACCGCAAUUAGACUAAUUAACAGUAAUACGAAAUAACGGGCUGUGAAUGGAUAAUCGAACGCGCAUUUUUGUUACGAGAAGAUAAUGAAGACGAAAUAAGAAACAACUGUCAGCAUUCCUAUGUACGAAUUUGUGUUUUGUUCCUUUCUAAUGGUUUAUCAAUAAAUUCGAAAUUUAAACAA